AUGGGUUUGUUAUUAGGACAAAUAUUUUCUUGGUUUGCUUCUCUCUUUGGUCAAGAAGAAGUUCGAAUUUUGAUAUUAGGUUUAGAUGCAGCAGGAAAAACAACUAUUUUAUAUAAAUUACAAUGUGGAAAGGUAAUUCAAACGAUGCCUACAAUUGGUUUUAAUGUAGAGUCAAUCGAUUAUGAAAAUGUUCAUUUUAAAGUUUGGGAUUUAGGAGGACAGAGCAGUUUGAGACCUUACUGGAAGUGUUAUUAUGAAAAAUGUAGUGCAAUCAUAUUUGUUGUAGAUUCAACAGCAAUAGACAGAUUAUCUGUUGCCAAAGAUGAAUUACACUCAAUGUUAAAAGAGCAAGAAUUGAAAGAUGCAGUGAUUGCUGUUUUUGCAAAUAAACAAGAUAUGGAAGGAGCUUUAUCAUCUGCCCAAAUAUCCGAUAAAUUAUUAUUACAUACAAUCAAAGAUCAUACUUGGAAUAUAUUUAGCACUAGUGCAAUUACUGGAAGUGGUUUAGAUGCUGGAAUGAAAUGGGUUGCUAAUCAAAUUAAGUCUAAGUAA